AUGGCUUCCCUCACCGCGCCCCAGCAAGGCCGCAAUUCGCAGCUGAGCGCAAAUCUCUCCAAACACAUAUUGGCGGCGCACCCAACGGCAGCACACCCUCCUCCAUCCUCUACUCCCAACACCGAAACGCCCACUCUCGCCGCGCUUGCCGACACGCCCUCACGCUCACUCAGACUUCCACUACGCGACAUCUCCGAAUCUCGCAGCACCAAAGGGCGUGAAUCAGCACGUCCUGGUUUGACUUCCGGCGCCGACAUGUACAACAUUGUCGACGACUCGGCCGCCAAACCCGCCCGUAUGGACACCCUCGUGGACGGCACCGACAUGGCGACACCUGCGCUCAGGGGAUUGGUUGUGCCUCAUCCCAAGGGGUCGGCGUCGCUGCGUUCGCAGGAGACGAAGGAGAAGAACGUUGGAGCGAUCCGCAGCGAGGGGACGGUCCAAGCGGGAGCAGUCACAGCCGUCAGCUCGUCCGUGACGACAGCUAGCUCGACCGCCAUGUCCUCGAGGCGCUCAAGUUUCGUGGCCGAACUGCCUGCGCACCUGCUGCGCCUCACGCCACCUGACAAUUUCGGCACCGUCGUCGACGGCAAGAUUUUCCGAAGCGCGUAUCCGAAGCCAGAGAAUUACGAGUACUUGAAGACGUUGAAAGUGAAAAGCAUACUCACUCUCGUUAAGGAAGAAUGCCCUGAACCCUACGCCAAGUUCAUAGCUGAGAACGGUAUCCGCCACUACCGUGUGCAUGUUCCGGCGAACAAGGGUCAGGUCUGCAUACCGCCAGAUGUUAUGGUGCAUGCUCUCAUGGUGGUUCUGGACCGGAGCAAUUACCCUUUGCUUAUUCACUGCAACAAGGGAAAGCACCGCACCGGCUGCGUUGUAGCAUGCCUUGGAAAAGUCCUGGGGAAGAGCAAGAAGCAGAUCAAGGAAGAUUAUCACACGUACGCGGCAGAAAAAGCCCGCGCUUUCGACGAGCAGUUCGUGGAGAGUUUCGACGAGCGCUCGGUACUGUGGAUGGCCAGGUUCCACGGAUGGGCUUCCGACAACGAGCCGCGCUCGCCGCUGCCCACACCCGCGCGCUCGCCGCGCCAGGCUGCAUAG